AUGCUUCAGACAGUAAAACCUAAGAACGCCCGUUCCAAACGAGCCCUUGAGGCCCGAGAACCAAAGCUCGUUGAGAACGAAAAAACUACUCUAUUUUUGCGAGGCACCAGUGCUAGCGGUGUCGUUCAAGACGCCCUUGGUGAUCUGCACUCCCUCAAAAAACCCCAAGCUAUCAAAUUCCAGAAGAAAAAUGCCGUCCACCCAUUCGAAGAUGCCUCAGCGCUCGAAUUUUUCAGUCGCAAAAAUGAUGCUUCCCUGAUGGUUUUCGCAUCGCAUUCCAAGAAACGACCUCAUAACCUCACUUUUGUCCGAUUUUUCGAAUACCAAAUUCUCGAUAUGGUUGAGCUAGGACUGGACGGGGAGACGUUUCGAAAGAUGCAAGAUUUCAAGAAUUCUAAAGCUGGAGUCGGCCUUAAACCCAUGAUUACCUUCUCCGGUGCCAUCUUUGAGAAUAAUCCAACUUAUUCUCAGAUGAAGUUGAUGUUUUUGGAUUUCUUCCACGGGAAUACUGUGCCUGAGGUUGACGUCGAGGCGCUUCAGUACACCAUUUCGAUAUCUGCCGCUGAUCCUACGGACGAGGAGCCAAAUCCCAAAAUUCAUCUUCGAUGUUACAUGCUUAAAACAGUUAGAUCCGGCCAUAAGCUACCGCGUGUGGAGUUGGAGGAAAUGGGUCCCAGGAUGGACUUUAAGAUUGGCAGAAUACAGGAGGCUAGCCCGGAUAUGAUGAAGGAAGCCAUGAAGAAACCAAAGGGUCAAGAGAUGAGGACCAAAAAGAACAUCUCUGUCGAUCCCAUGGGUGAUAAGAUUGGUAAGGUACAUGUGGAUAGACAAGAUUUGGGCAAGUUGCAGACAAGGAAGAUGAAGGGUUUGAAAAAGAGAGGUAGGGAUGAGAGCGAAGGUGAAAGAGAUAAUGAUGUCGAAAUGGAUGAUGACGAUGUUGAGAUGGGAGACAACGUUCCAGAAAUCUCGCCAAAGAGGGCAAGAGUCUGA